AGAAGGAAGCCGCAGAAGCCGGACGAUCGACGACGCAUGAACCAGCUUCGGCGGCUCGCGAGCUACGUCGUGGACAGCAGCCAGCACCUCAAGCCGACGCUCAAGCACAUGGAGCCUAGCUACAAGCACCUCGACCUGACGUAUGUGUCCCCGCGCGUCCUCGUGGGCGGGCGGCCGGUCGACGGGCCGACGGACAAGAAGGCGUGCGUCAACAACGCGGUCGAGCUUAAGAUGUACCUCGAAGACGAGCAUGCGAACCGGUACUUGAUCUUCAACCUCUGCGACGACGAGGUUGCAGCGAUUUCGCCGCAGACGCUCGAGUUUUCUUGGGAGCGCGACGGCGGCCUGCGGACGUACACGCCGCCGUCGGACCACAUCUUUCGCAUCUGCUACGCCAUCUUUGCGUGGCUCGCGCUCGAUCCCGAGAACGUCGCCGUCAUUUACUGCCACAACGGCAAGACGCGCAGCGGCGUCGUCGUCGCGUGCUACUUUCUCUUCUCGCGGCUCGUCGACGACCCAAUGACGGCCCUCGCGCAGUUUUACCAAAAACGGCUUGGCAUCGAGACGCUCACGCCCGACUACGUGCGCCGCAGCAUGCCUGUCUCCAUCCAGCGCUUUGUCACCAACUUUGGCUCGAUCAUGGAGCACCAAGCGAUCCCGAAUCCGGACCCGCUUUUGCUCAAGGCCAUCAUGUUUCGCGCGCUACCCGUCGAGCUCCAGCCGCUCAUUCAGAUCUGGGACGACUGGCACCUCAUCUUCUCCAACGCCAAGGACGCCGUGAGCGACCACGUGCCGCCGGUCGUCGACUGGAACCCCGAAGAUGGCUUCCUCGCCAUCUUAUGGGACGGCGGCAUCCCGCUCGACGGCGGCUUCUCCAUCUUGUGCUCGUUUGGCGACGACGGCGACGCCGAGAUGGACGCAACGUCGCGCGUCCUCUUCCGGUACAUGGACUCGACAUGGUUUCUCUCGCCGGGCCUCGUCACCCUCAAGAAGGCCAACCUCGACAUGAUGAAGCAGUACGAGCACGGCUUUGAGGACGAAAACUUCUCGGUCGACAUGGUCUUCCACAACAGCAACGUCCCGCCACGGCUCAUCGUGCCCGUCGACUAUACCGGCAACUACGCAGUCAAACAAGGCAUCGUCGAGAUCGCGGCCAAGCACGCGGUGGCCCCCGAUCCGUCCAUGUACCUCAACUUUGUCAAGACCGGUUUUGACGCGACCGCGUCGACGUAUGCGCUCCAGCGCGCGCAGAAUGCACCCAAUCUGGCACUCGACAUCUUGCACUCGGAGGCGCUGACGACCAUCUUUACGCGGCUGCCGCCGAGCCCGACGUCGCGCGACGAGAGCCUUAGUCAGCCGGUGCACGAAGACAGCAUCAAACCCUCGUCGCUCUUUGCGUCGUCAACUCCGCACAAAGCGUCGCAUUCGGAAGCACAUCGGAGAGCCUCGUCGUCGUCGUCGUCGUCGACCUCGCCGCGUGCGGAAACGCUGGUCGUGACGCCGCCCAAAGGGUUUUCGGUGCCGCGCGCGACCGAACCGAGCCCGUCGUCGCGCCGAUCGAGCGCGUCGUCGAGCUACCACGACGCCGAGCCUGACGGCGACUCGGUUUGCGUGCUCUGCCACGAAGAAGACUAUGUGCUCCGACCACAGUUGGUCCGCUGCUGCGGGUGCCAAAAGUGCUUCCACACAAGCUGCGCGGGCUUGAAGAAGGUGCCGUUCGGACUCACAACGAUGAGCGACCGCACCAACCACGCGGCGUACAUGAAGAAGUUCUUCCACGGCUGGCGCUGCACCGCCUGUGCGGCCGCAUCCUCACCAUCACGGGCACCGACAACGGGGGGGUUCCUCACCGAGCCAAAGAGCCCCAACCACGACAAGUACGAACAGCUCAAGGAGCUUCUGUCGGCCAAAGGCAUCUCAAUGGACGACCUCUUGCGCGCUGCCGACGCCAACCUCGUCAAACCACCGUCAGACGGCCACGACAGGACGACGAAUGACGCGCUGGACGUCACGGACAAGUACAAACGCAUGGUCGACAUGGGUGUACCCCUCGCCGCUGCGCAGAACGGGAUGCUGCGCGACGGGCUCGACCCGGCGUUGCUCUACGGAUACACGGCACCGCCGGUCGUCGCACCGGCCGCUGCCCUAGCCGAGCCCGUGCUCAUGCUGCGCGACGCAAUCCAGUUUGAGGGCUACUUUACAAUGCUCUCGAAAGGCAUCUCGAAAGACGCGGUCAAGCACAAGAUGCGCAUGUGCGGCUUGAACCCCAAGAUCCUCGACCUCGACCCAAAGGCAUCGUACCUUGAAGUCAAGAGCCAGAUCGAAGCGCUCCAAGCCGAAGUUAUUUAUCCGAGCGGGUCGCCGCCCAAACCGUCGUCGGCCAAGUCCCCACCAAAGUCGGCCCCCGCGACGUUCGUUGUCCCUGACAAGGCAUCGACCGAUUCGUCAACAAGCACAGCAACAUCGGCGACGACGACCAUGGUAGCGCCGGCAGCGGCUGUGGACGCACCCGCUGCUCUGCCACCAUCCAAAGAGACUGCGGAGGCACCGAAUCCCGCGGCAGCUGCGUCGGAGCAGCAACCGGCGGCAAGCGAUGGCCCUCUGCGCCUGCGAGACGAUGCGACCUAUGGCAAGUACUUCAAGAUGCUCAAGAUGAACAUCCCAGAAGGCGCCGUGCGACAAAAGAUGAUUGAACACGGCGUCAACGUCAAGGCUCUCGAGCUCGGGCCAGACGGCUGUGUCGACGACCUCGAUGCUCCCCCAGCCAAGGUAUUAUUGAAGGACGAUGCGACGUACGGCAAGUACUUCAAGAUGCUCAAGAUGAAUAUCCCAGAGGGCGCUGUGCGACAAAAGAUGCUGGAACACGGCGUCAACCCCAAGGCACUGGAGCUCGGACCGGACGCGAGCGUGGAUGACCUCAACGCUCCUCCACCAAAAGUCCUACUAAAGGACGACCCGACGUACGCCAAGUACUUUAAAAUGCUCAAGAUGAACAUCCCGGAAGGCGCGGUGCGACAGAAAAUGAUUGAGCACGGUGUCAACAUCAAGGCGCUUGACCUCGGGCCCGACGGCUGUGUUGACGAUCUCGUCGUCAAGGUUCUCCUCAAGGACGACCCGACGUACGCCAAGUACUUCAAGAUGCUCAAGAUGAACAUCCCGGAAGGCGCGGUGCGGCAAAAGAUGCUGGAACACGGUGUCAACCCACGGGCAUUGGAGCUCGGGCCGGACGCCUACGUGUCGCAGCUCGACGCCAACAACAACACGAGCGAUGCGCCGCCGCCUGCGCCCAAGAAGCCCGCGCGCCGCAAGAAGCUCUUUUGGCAGCCGAUCCCGGAUGACCGACUCAAGAGCGGUCAUCAGUCAACGAUCUGGGAGGCCAAGGGCGACGACGAGAUUCAACUCGAGAUGGACAUGGACGAGAUCGAGUCACUCUUCUUCGCCAAGGCCGACAGCAAGACCAAGAAAGCGGCCGCCAAGCCCCUCGCACGCAAGCAAGCCGUGACGCUCGUCGACGGCAAGCGCGCCAUGAACGCUGCGAUCGCACUUGCGCGCAUCAAGCUCACGUAUGCGCAAGUGGCCGCAGCGAUUGGAUCGCUUGACGCGUGCGGCUUGACGCUCGAGCAGCUCGUGACCAUCAACGAGUACCUCCCGACCGACGAUGAAGUCAACGUCGUGACACGCUACGCCGGCGACCCCACUGCCCUCGGCGAGGCAGAAAAGUUCUUUGCCGCGAUCGCGACCGUGCCCCGGUACAGCCUCAAGAUGGAGUGCCUCAUCACGAAAAGCUCGUUUCAAACGCGCGUCGCCGAGAUUGACGCGUCCGUCACCAACGUCACGCGCGCUUGCGAUGACGUCAAAGGCAGUCGAUUGCUCAAGCUCCUUCUUGGCAUGGUGCUCAAGCUCGGAAACACGCUCAACGGCGGCGAAGAGACGGAGCACGCAAUCCGCGGCUUCUCGGUCGACUCGCUUCUCCGCCUCGGCAUCACGAAAACCGUCGACAACAAAACCACAGUGCUCCAUUACCUCGUCCGCGUCAUCAAAAAGAACCAGCCACUCGUUCUCGACUUCGCAAAAGAGCUCGAGCACGUGCCGUUGGCGGCGCGCGAGGCGACCGAAGCCAUUGACCAAGCCCUCUCGAGUCUCUCCAGCAGCGUGCAAAAGCUAGCGGAUGAGCGCGACCGCGUCAAGACCGAAGGCGUCGAGAGCUUGCUAGCGACAUACGAGGCGUCGGUGGCGGCGACCGAAGCCGAUUUACGCCGACUACGGUCCGGCGUCGACCACAUGAAGGCGCAGAUUGCGGCCGUACUCGACUACUUUGGCGAAGAUCCGGCCAAGAAACCGGCCGACUUUUUCCAAACGCUCUCGUCGUUUUGCCAGGCAUUUGAGAAGGCCAAGACCGAAGUGCAAACAGCCGACGAUGCCAAGCAGCGAGCUGACCGACUCCUCCACCGACGCACGUCGAGCAGCAUCGACAUGACGAUUCCGUCGCGCCUCCUCGAAGAGAAAGCCGCGGGGAUGCGCCAAAAAGCCAUGACGUUCCGAACCAAGAGCACGAGCCUGACCGAUCUAUGAGAAUGGCGAC